AUGUGCAUCCAGGAUUUUCAGGUAACAUCAAAGCUCGGCAUGGGCAAGUUCGGCAUCGUCUACAAGGCCAAGAGCAAGCAGUCGCACAAGACUGUCGCGAUCAAGGUGAUUUACAAGAGCUCUCUACGGGACGGCAACUACCAAGACGCGGUCAACCUAGAUCGCGAAAGGCGCCUGCAGGCCAAUCUGCGCCACCCCAACAUCGUGGGGAUACAGAACUCCUUCCAGGACCCCAAGUUCGUGUACCUGGUGCUCGACUUCGCCUCAGGGGGAGACGUGUACAAGGUGCUCUCUCAAGAGCGGCAUAAAACGGGUCUGCCCCACGAGGUCGCCGCGGCGUACCUGCACGAUGCCGCUAGCGCGAUCGCCUACCUCCACCGCAUGCACGUCAUACACCGGGACCUGAAGGCCGAAAACCUGCUGGUCGACUCAAAGGGGCGGCUUCAGCUCUCCGACUUCGGCUGGGCGGUGCACGCGAAGCCCCCCCACCAGCACAUACGGCGGACAAUGUGCGGGACCCCCGAGUACGCCCCCCCCGAAAUCCUCGUUCGUCACCCGGAGUACACGAAGGCGGUCGACAUCUGGAGCCUCGGGGUCCUCGCGUUUGAGCUGCUGACAGGGAAAACUCCGUUCUCCAGAGCGCAUCCGGCGACGAGCCCCCAAACCGCCGCCGACUGCAACAACAACGACGGCAGCAGCACCCAGACAUCCCUUAGCCCCAGUGCUGGAUCGGGCCCCACCGCCGCCGGAAUGCAAAGAGCUCCAGGUAGCGCAGAAGUGGCCGCUGCGUCAGAGGUCGAGGAAAUCCACAAGGGUGACGACCACGCCAAGCUGUACGGACGCAUUGCCGGCUGGGGGGGAUCCCGUGACAGCCUUUUCGGGCGGGGUACCCGGGGGUCCGGUGCCCCCGAGCUGGCCCGGGACGUGGUGAUGGCGAUGCUUAGACCGGUGCCGGGGGACAGGCUAGAGGCCGGGGAGGUUCUGAAGCUGCCGUGGGUGGCGUUGCGAGGGAAGGGCACCGCUGCCUCAGCUACUACAUAGAAGUGCUCUUGUCGUGUGUAGGCCUUGUUGGUGCGAUGCUGCCGCAGAGCGGAUUUUUUUGGCUGGUGCGAUCUCGUCGCAGUCUGUGGUGGUGUAGUUGACGUACUGCUGUACUGGGUGGCGUACUGCCGCUGGCGUUGUUGUGCCUGUUGGGUGCACGGAGCGGGCCUUGUUUCGCCGCAUGCGGUGCAAAAUGACUCGGAGUAAGGGUAAGGUACGACUAUUGUUUUUGGGCGUAAGAAGACGGGAGUGUUCUAUUUCUGUAGGUGUGUCGCUUGCUUCAAGGGUAUAUAUAUGUUGUUGGUUGGCUGGUGGCACUAGGAAAAGAGUAUUCUCCUGCUGCUGCUGCGCUAUUUUCGUGGGCUGUGGUUGCGGCGCACACCGACAGCCGUUGGGCUGACCGAUAUAUCACGGUGUCGUUUAGUGUGCUGCAGUUGUGUCAACCGAGAUCCGAACACUAUUGUACGAUUUCAUCUGACGAGGAAGCUGGACUGGGUGGGGGCAAUGACUGCUGGCAACAUACGUAGUAGCCGUUGGCAAUCUGUACAGUUGCAUGUCUACUGCUUUGUACAUUUGUGUUGCGGACUUAUGUACGCAAGUCUAGAUUGCAUAUCUGCGUCCUGGAAUUCUAACACGCCGAUGCAAAAGCCCGAAAACCCUUACCCAAUGCUGAUUUCCUUGUCAAUCGGAAAUCGACGGUCCUCCGAUCCUAUCGCAGCAGCAGCUGAAAUUUGCCGGUGGGGAUGGAGAAACGCUGCGAUCGCACCCAAACUAUCCUACACGGCCCGGUUGGCAUUGUUAUAAUAUACCAAAGACU